UCUCCACCCCGAGUUUACUACAUGAUUCGGGAGGAGAAGGUGAGCGGGAGGCGUGAGUUCUCGCGAGGAUGGGCCUGUUGUCCCGGUUACUCGUGGCCGUUCUAGUCGAUGGAGGUCGUAUCUGGGGCUGCUAAACUCCCACGGCGGAGUUGCUUCCAGCUGCUGAGGUCCUGAAAGCUCUGGUGGAACGACUGCUCCCCUCUAGGAAGGGCCGCCCCGCCUGGCGAGAAGACUGGGGGCGUGACCCGGGACCGGUGAAGGCGGGAGAGCGAAGUACCCGGAGAGUAGGUGAGAAAGGACGCGGAGCACCAUCCGCGUGAGAGGGCGGUCCCGGCCCUGCGGCGCGUGUGGAAAGACUGCCCCCUUCGAAAAUGAGCUCUUCUCAGUACUGCGGUGUGUAGAAGGAAAGACUAUAUAUAUUUAAAAAAGAAGAAAUUUCAAGCCGAACAUUGGAAGAGAUGUCAGAAGAUUCAGAAAAGGAAAACUACUCAGACAGAUCAGUCAGUGAUGAAGAUGAAUCAGAUGAGGAUACUUUCAUGAAAUUUGUAAGUGAAGAUAUCCAUCGGUGUGCACUUUUAACAGCUGACUCUAUUCGUGAUCCACUUUUCCCCCGGACUACACAGAUACUAUUGGAGUAUCAAUUAGGGAGAUGGGUGCCACGUCUUCGUGAACCACGAGAUCUAUAUGGUGUCUCUUCUUCUGGUCCACUGAGCCCAACACGGUGGCCAUAUCACUGUGAGGUCAUUGAUGAAAAAGUCCAACAUAUUGAUUGGUCUCCUUAUCCCGAGCCAGUGUAUACUCCAACAGGCCUAGAGAUGGAACCCCUUUAUCCGAAUUCCAAGGAAGGCACUGUGGUUUAUCUAGCAGAAGACGCUUACAAAGAACCCUGUUUUGUAUAUUCCCGAGUUGGGGGUAACCGAACACCCUUGAAGCAGCCUGUGGAUAACUGUGACAACACUUUGAUGUUUGAAGCAAGGUUUGAGAGUGGUAAUCUACAGAAGGUAGUCAAAGUAGCCGAAUAUGAAUACCAGUUGACUGUGCGCCCUGACCUCUUCACAAAUAAACAUACCCAGUGGUACUAUUUCCAAGUCACUAAUACUCAAACAGCAAUAGACUAUAGAUUCACUAUUGUCAACUUUACCAAGCCUGCUAGUCUCUACAAUCGGGGUAUGCGCCCACUCUUCUAUUCUGACAAAGAGGCCAAAGCUCAUAAUAUUGGCUGGCAGAGAAUAGGAGACCAAAUCAAGUAUUAUAAAAACAACCUGGGGCAAGAUGGGCGCCAUUACUUUUCUCUUACAUGGACAUUUCAAUUUCCACACAACAAAGAUACCUGUUACUUUGCUCACUGCUAUCCAUACACUUAUACCAAUCUGCAAGAUUACCUUUCUGGCAUCAAUAAUGACCCAGUACGGUCAAAUUUCUGUAAAAUCCGUGUCUUGUGCCACACACUUGCUAGGAACAUGGUAUAUGUUUUAACAAUCACCACCCCCUUGAAGAACACUGAGUCAAGAAAACGAAAAGCCGUGAUUGUGACUGCAAGGGUACAUCCAGGAGAAACCAACAGUUCUUGGAUCAUGAAAGGCUUCUUAGACUACAUUUUAGGAGACUCAAGUGAUGCACAGUUGCUUCGUGAUACUUUUAUCUUCAAGGUGGUACCCAUGCUGAAUCCAGAUGGUGUGAUUGUGGGAAAUUAUCGAUGUUCUUUAGCUGGUCGGGAUUUAAAUCGUAGCUAUACAUCUCUCCUUAAGGAAUCGUUUCCUUCUGUUUGGUAUACCCGGAACAUGAUCCAUAGAUUGAUGGAGGAACGAAAGGUUAUUUUAUAUUGUGACCUUCAUGGCCAUAGUAGGAAAGAGAAAAUCUUCAUGUAUGGAUGUGAUGGUAGAGAUAGAUCUAAAGCAUUAUACUUACAGCAACGCAUCUUUCCACUUAUGCUGAGCAAAAAUUGUCCAGAUAAAUUUUCAUUCUCAGCUUGCAAGUUUAAUAUUCAGAAGAACAAAGAGGGAACGGGAAGGGUGGUAAUGUGGAAAAUGGGAAUCAGAAACAGCUUUACCAUGGAGGCCACUUUUUGUGGAUCUACUCUGGGUAAUAAACGAGGCACUCAUUUCAAUACAAAAGACUUGGAGUCAAUGGGAUAUCAUUUUUGUGAUUCUCUCUUGGACUAUUGUGAUCCAGACCGAACCAAGUAUUAUCAGUGCCUGAAAGAAUUAGAAGAAAUGGAGAAACAUAUAAACUUAGAAAAAGUCUUUGAUGAUUCGGAUGCUUCUCUGAUGGAAAUUACAUUGGAUCUGGAGUGUAGUAGCCAAGGCUCUGACAGUUCAGAAUCCAAUGACUCUCAGACUUAUCUUCUCAAAUUAACUUCUCAGCAAUCAUCCAAGGAAAAGUAUCUGAAGACAAAGAAGGAAAGAAAUUCUAUGAAAUCAGUUCAUAAAAAUGCCAGGAAAGAGCAAGAGGAUGAAGUUCAGACACAUAUAGAGAAAGCCGUGGAAAGAAUCUGGAUGUCACAGAAGCCAGGAGAGGCUGCCUUGUGCAUUGCCAUGUGACAGAAAAAACAAGGACCAAGGAUCACUGUUAGCC